GGUGCUGAUAUCUUUUUCAUUUUUUCACACCAUCAUGCUGAUAAUAAUUUCUAUUCACAUUUCAAUGUGUUAUAUUUGAUUAUUAAAAAACAAACAAAAAAAAAAAAACUUUUUUGGUAGUGUGCUACCAGUCAUCUGAUCAGACACUUACCCACUUACAAUGGUCAUUGGAAUUUCAAUAAAGGAUAUUGUGUCACAUAAUUGUGUGUGUAAAAGGAGGAACUAUUGGACAAAUGAGCAACCAAAGAAGAGAGGUUUGGCACCAAACAAGGAUAAGAGUUCCCUUAAUUUCCUGUGACUAAAUAGGAACAAAACAUAUCAAUAUUUUAGGACUAGUGCAAUAGUAGCUGUACAUGGAUGAAUAAUAUGUGUGAUAGGGUAAGUGAAAGUAAAGCAAGUAAGGGGUUAAAAUUAAUUUAUCAAGUGUUUUUUUUUUUGUCAGAGGUAACAAAGUGCUUAUCUUUUCAGGGCUAUACAGUCAAAACCUGACAUUAAGGCCUUCUUAUAGCGCCCUGAUGAAGGCCUCAAUGGUUGUUAGGCAAAGGUGUAUUUUUAAAUACAACUGAAUAAAGACCUUUAACUGAAUGACCCUCUGAAUGCUUCAGAUCUUUUUAAGAAGUUUGUACACAUGUUGUCACAAAAUGUCUUGCACUGGCUUGAGACAAAAAUAAAUAUUGCAAUAAAAUAAAAGGUAAGAUUAAAAAAAAAAUCACAUAUAACUACUUUAAAAAAAUGAAUACACGACGUGAGACGCGACAAUAUGUGCAGGGCAACUAUAGGUGUUUUGGUCAAAAGAUCUGAAAUGCAGGAAACAGUGCAGUCAGACAACAGACUGUAAAAAAAAAAGUUUUGGCUGGGUUGUAAUCUGCCUUCCUGGGAGCAACAGCGUCUCUAGUGGGAAAAUAACACACGCCCUUUUGAAAACUUUACUUCUUCCACUACUUUUUAUUGCUGACUAGGAAUCAGUUCCACGGAGCACAUAUUCCCAGAAACAUCACAAGAACUGACCGGAGACCAGCUUAACUGCUCAACUGACUGCUACCGAACGUGACGCUCCUUUUCGGCAUCUUCCUAUCGGCAACGUGGCAGGUCUACACUUUUGAGUUGUACUUUUCCUGUAUGUGAACUUCAAUCCAAGGACUCGGUUAUUCAAGGCAGAAUGACACAGAAAAGACAAACGGUAUUUGGUUUCUCCAGACCAGGCUGAGGAUGAACGUGAUUUCAUGUUUUGCGGUCUUACGGGACAGCAGCUGUCAAACUCCUCCGGGCGUGCUCCACUGUUUACCCUCAGCUGACAGAGAACACACAGGCUGGAAUACACUGAGCUAACAUAACGGAAAUGAAGGAUUACACACAGUUAUAACUUAGACGGUAUGACUCUAAGAUUUUACUGUAUGAGUUAGUGUUUUUUUUUUUAUCUCUCUUUCUUUUAGGAGGGAAAUUUAAGCUAUUUUUUAGCACUGCUUCUGUGCAGCAACUCCAUUGUUUUUGGUCAUGUUUAUGGGUCAGUUUUUGCGAACUUUAUCCUCUUGUUAUCUCACUGGUUUCUUAUCAGCACAUGUUCUGAGUUUCCUGAAAAAUGAUGUGGCACUUCUGUAUGCCCUUUGACUGUGUCUGCUAUUUGUGAGCUCUGUUUUUGCCUCUCAGAAUUUUAAUCGCCACCUUUUCAGUAUUUGAAGGGGGUCAUCAUGGAUCAUAGAGGUCAUCCCAGACAAGACUCGGGUCGUCACCCCCAAAGAACCAAAGACAGAGAGGACUACUACAGGUACUCUCAGCAGGAUGGGCACCAGGGCUACCCACCACCGGACCCCAGAGACAGGGACAGACACAGGGCUCCUUCUGAUGCUCCCUACAGGAGUUAUUACACCAGUCCUCCUGCCAGACCAGAACAGCAUCCUUACAACAGUCAGCAGUAUCACUAUGGGUAUGGACAUGUGGAAAACCAAAGACCUCAGUCCAGGUGUGUAUGCUGACAGUAUUGCACAUACAACUCUCUUAGACCAUUUUUAAAGUUUUAUGUUAAAUGAUUGUGGUGUUUCCAUCAAUGAUUUUUUUUUUCGUGUGAGCUGUGCAACAGUGGUGGCAAAAGAAUAUCAGGAACCAGUUUUUGAUGAUUAACGUGCAUACAUGAAAAGAGAAAACUAAAUGUAACAAGUACUAGGCUUUGAAAAAGUGAUUUUCAAGACAGCUUGUUGGUGCAAAAGCUAUGUUGUACAGAGCACUGCAUUUAAAAGCUAUUGAAUAACCAGCUGAUGAUUUUUUUUUAAAAAUGUCAAAAUGAAGGUAAAAAAAAUGCUCAUCAGAGUUUUCUCAAACCCAAAGUGACAACCUCAAGUUGCAUCUUUUGUCAGACCAUCAGUCAAAACUUCAGACCUUUAAUUUGAAAUAUGACAAACACUGAGGAGCAUUUGGUGCAAGGAAUUAGAAGUCGAUAUAAAAAAAAACAUGUUACUGAGUCAGUAAACCUGAAUAUCAGGUGUAAGGUGCAUGGAUUAAUGGACAUGGCUUCCUUUUAUUGCAUCAUGGCUGUUAGCGGACCUACCCUCUCUCAUAAUUGGUAUUGGCAUCAGUCAGCGAUAAACCGUAAUCGGUUGACCGAAACACACAGCUCUAGGGGUUUUGGGUUCAGUGUCACAUCCACAUCAUGAGAAGGGAUAAAGGUAGUUGUUGGUGAUUUACUACAAUGACAGAGAUUUAGGGUCACAUUAAAAAAAAAAAAGUCUCUCAGAAUUAGAUUUAUUGAGGAUUUAGAGAAAUUUCUAUAUGGGGGUAAAGUUGUGAAGAUAAUCAUAUAUAAUCAUUUUUUCCACAAUAAAGUUGUAAGAAUUUCUUUUUUUUAAUUUUUUUUUAAAGAAAAACGAAGCCAUAAUGUUGAAAUAAAAAGUGAUAACAGGAUAGUUUUGGUUAAUGGUGAGCAGCUAGCUGUCUUUACCCAAAUGAGGAACAUGGAGCGUCUGGUUAAAUUGUUCUUGAAGUUUUAAAACAUCAGAACCACAAUUUUAUAAGAAUCAAGACUCUUAAAGACUGAGCAAAAAGCUGAGAUGUGGUGUGUCCCCCUUCAAAAUGGCAGUAUGAGGCUAAUUGUUGACUAAAUGAAUGACUUUGAACAUGAUUUUACUCGUUUUAUGACUUAACUCUCAUGAGAAAAUGACUGUCUUACCAAUUUAUUCUUAUCAAAAAAAAUAUUAUCUUUAAAAAAGAGGGGUAAAUAAAUGAUCAAAGGAAUUAUUUAUUCUUCUUUCCAGGCAUGGGUACAGUCAUUGGGAUUACAGAGACCCCUAUGACCACUAUGGGUAUUAUGACCACGACUACUACAGAGGCCAGUAUGCGAGACAAGGUACAGUGACAAAAAAACCCUCAAAAGAAGGAAUGUGCAGUUAGAAAUGGACUUCUCUCUAUACCUUGCCCACAGCUAAACAAAAUAAUGUUAUAAUGUGCUUUUGUAUCACUCAGAUCAUGCAAAUGCAGGUCAGUGGGGCACCCAUGACCAGUGGAUAACACAGCAGUACCAUGACAGACCCUAUAGGCCAGAGCAUUCAGGGAGCUCCAACCCUGAGGACUACAGGUGACUGACAGAAGUGAAUUUCUUGUUCUUUUCAAACAGUAAUGACAUCAAACCCAGCAUAGAGAUGGAUGGAGGACUGAAAAAAGUAAUUUAUACAUUCCUACUGUAAGGUCACAUACUACAAGAAUAAUAUGUGACCAGUAUUUAGAGAGUUAUUUCAGAGUAAAAGUGUUUUAAAGUUAUAACUGCUUACAGUCACAAGAAGAGAAAAACCAACAGUAGAUUCAUGAACAAAAAAAAAAUCUAUUAUUUGAAAGCAUUCAGAGUUUGAGGACGUGAUUGGUUUUUAAUAACUCCUGUAAUGUGUCAAAUGUGACUCGCGGGAUCUAGAUUAGCAGUGGUCAACUUUGAUCGAGAGGGGGUUCAGGCUGUUCAAAAGUAAUGUGAUUGGAUUAAAGCUAUCAGACAGGAUAAAUUCUAUUAUUCAGGAUGUUCAAAGGGUAGAAAUUGCAGAUGCAGAUUGAGAAUUGGAUCAGGUAAUCCAAUCUAGCCUUAAAUUCUGGUAAAACCUCUAGUUUGUGUUGCUUGAAACCUUUGUGUUGAUUUGAAUGGCUUUCAACGUGGAAAUCAGGACAGUCCUGAUGCCAUCAGAACGGUGGAGUGAGGCUGGAUUGUAGGAACACAACAUAAAGCUUUCUGAAGUAGAUAUAACAAAGCCACAUUUUUACUCAGUGGUCAGUUUUUUUAAAGAGUUGUUGCUAUAAGCAUCCUUAAAUGCUGUACUGCUGCAUAGAAAAAAGGUUGAUAAAGUAGACACUAAGGUUGUGAAAAAAAGGUAUUUGUUCAUGUCGAGUAUUUCCCCAAUUAUCAGCUGAUAUCAAACAUGAAAUAUCUUACUGAAAGCAUACCCUUGUUUACAUAUGGGGGCUGGGUGGGGUAGUGUGUAAGCAGGCGGUGCAGUCUCCAGUGUUAGUGAGUGUCUCUAUAAGAAAAAGCAUGUCUACACACAAUACAGUACAAAUAGAGUACACACACAGCUAAGGCAGGCAGUGAAGAGUGUAAAAGAGACAAACAGUUUAGUGUGAACAGAGUCAUCAACUCUCCUCUUACCUGUUUGUUUACGCUCAAAACUAUAAGCUGCUGAGUUUACUCAUUGGCUUUAGUCACUCACUCACUCACUCACUCACUCACUCACUCACUCACUCACUCACUCACUCACUCACUCACUCACUCACUCACUCACUCACUCACUCACUCACUCACUCACUCACUCACUCACUCACUCACUCACUCACCUGCCUAAUGACUUUCGUAGUCAUUGAUAUAGCAUGAAAGAGCAAGACAACAAUGACAGCUUAAUGAUGAGAGUUGGGAUAAAAUUGACUGCAAGUCCCACUCCGAUCGUUUUUUUUUCUUUCUUUUACUAUUUAAAGUGUUCUCAGUGGUCUUUAAAAUGUGAUUAUGAAGUUUUGUGUCAUUUUCAAGGGCUUUUCUUCUGCAGAGCUCCAGUAGCUCAUUAGCAAUUCACCUCUGAGUCCUGGGCGGAAACAGUGCUGAUCUGCACACUCCUCUUCAUGCUAGCUUGGUGCCUAACAUUACCAGUGUAGUAAGGUGGCAGGUAACAUAGGAGCUAUUCAGCUCUCAGCUCCUAAUGUCUUUGCAAUGCUUGUAAAAAAGCUAAUUAUGAUAUUAACUUUUAUCAUCCCCCCAAUCUGCUAAUGCACACACUUGUUCCACGAAUGUCCUCUGUACUUUUCCGAGUGUGACCUGCAUAGUGGGGCUCCAGGGGCAGAGCUUGGAAUUGUGACAUUGAAAAUCUCACUGUAUCUGAGCCUGCCGUUUGGGUCUGCCAGAGAUUCACAGCGAUUUGAAUGCAGAAAUACUCAGAAAUGAAAUUUUGCACUUAUUUUUCUCAUCACAUGUCCUGUAGCAUCAGAAAAAUGCCAUAUGAACAUGUAGACAACAAGAACGACAGGAUUUUCAUCUGAGUGGAUUUUUAAGAGAUCAGUUGAGCAUUAACUAACCACUAAUUUCAGUGACAAGAAAUGUGCAGGGCAAGCCUAAACAACCCUGAAAGACUUGCUGAGUGGCCCUCCUUAUGAGAAACACAAAUCAUAAAGACUAAGUGUUGACACAUGCAGAAACAUUCAGAUACAGCAUAAGACAAAACAAAUGAGAGAUUAAUACUGACAGCAGUGGUAAGAAAGCAUUAUGGAUGGUAGGGAGAGUAUGUGUGUAUUUAUGACAACACGUGCUUUACACUCAGGAUAAGAAUGGUUAUCAGUUUUAUUGUUUUAUUGACCUGCAGGAACUGUAUGUUGUUGUGUUUCAGACAAGUUCAAGUAAGUGCAGCUUCUGAUAUGACUUUGUAAACAAACUCUAAACAUGAGCUCCUCUGAGUCAUCUGAUGGAAAAUUGAGGAAAAAUUGUCCUGAAAAUGGCAGGAUGAAGUUUGUUUGCUCACCUUAAUUUUUACAGGGUGCUGCAAGAAAAAGUUAACUGUAAGCCAGGGGGAAAACUAAACUUUCUGUGUUCACAUGUGUAGCUUUUGUGUUGGGUCAGACUGAACACCUUUUGAUAUGUAAAGCGUGAAAAAAGUCUUCCUCUUCACAAACUGAUUCUUCUUGUUGCUGUUCCAAAUGAAACUACAAAAGUAUCAAAAGGUUUUAACUUUAAAAAAAAGUUUUCACAGCUUAUGUUGUUAUAAAAGCUCAAGUUUCAUGACUUGAGGAUUGACAGAAUCAAAGUAGAAUAAAGCAGCAGUAGAAGAAAAACUAAGUGGACACAUAGACCUGUUGUAUUUCUUAGAGGAUGUUUUAUAUUGUUUAUUAUUUACUUACAGGUAUGACCAUGGGAGGGACAACUCCCAGCAUUACUCCAAAGAUUAUGAGGAUAAUCCAUCCAGAGACAAUGAAGAGGAUUUGUCUUAUUAUCCAGGGACGUUAGAAAGCUCUAAAAACUCAGGGAUGUCCUCCAGCAGCUAUGAACUUAGUCAGUACAUUAAUGGAGCUGAACACAGUGAAUCUGUCUUUGCAUCUGAUGCCGGUAAGUCUGUAUGUAAAUCUGUUUUGUUUUUUUUCCUCUCAGGUCCACUCUGAUUCUUUCUUCAUUUCUUCUCAGUGCAUCAGAUGUCAGCUCCGCUCAAGUUUUCCAUCCCUCAUGCUGUAGUAAGCUUUGGGCCUGCAGGACAGCUGAUACGUGUCAGUCCAGGCCUGUCCACACAGGAGAGCAUCAGUCAGGUGGAAAUCCACAGUAUGGAGGCAAGUUUUCCAACAGCAUGUUUAACACUGCAAUACAAGAUUUCAUUAUUAGGCUGCAGGUACAGUGUUUUUUUUCUUUUAACACUGAGGGUGAGGAUUUUUGUUUGUCUUUAAACAGGUGGUACUGAGCGAGACAGUGGAGCAACAGGAGAUGAGAAACUUCCCAGGGCCCUUAGUGAGGUAUUUCUUCACUAUUUGUUGUCAGAAGAAUUUUUUUUAUGUUUUAGAGGCUUGUUUAGUUAUUUGUGUGUACAAUAGCGAAACUUUUUUUCGCCUGGCCAGCUAGCACUCUGGGUGCUCAAGCACCCCUAAAGCUCUCAUCCGAGAAUCACACCUGGAUUCAAUGUUUAAAUAGAUUUAAAGUUUAUUUUUGUUUAUAAAGGGAAGAUUUGCACAAAGUAGAUGCCAUAGAGUUCGCCCACCAGAGGGCAGGUGACUGCAUGAGAGAUGACAAACUCCAUGAUAAGAGAUCUGCUGCUCUCCUGUGGAAUCUACUCAUAUUGCUCUGCAGACAGAAUGGAGUAAGUGAGACAAGUGUUGCCAUGAACAUUUUAAUUGUUCUCAUGGCUUUUUGGAUUCAGUUAUCACUCUCUUUUUUCUUGUUUUAGCAAAUAGUUGGCUCAGAUAUUGCAGAGCUGCUGAUGCAGGGCUCAAAUUCGGAUGGAAGCUGGGAGAAAGAUGCUCCAACACUCAUUGACUUCAGUGAAGGCUCAACAGCAGAAGAGCCACUCAGAAAAGGAGAUGAUCUGCUCACUGGGAACCUGAGCAGCUCAAGCUCUGAGACAUCUGUAAAAGCACUGCAAAACUACACCAAGCUGCUGCUGGCUGGGAGGAAGAAGGUUUCUACAUUUGUCUAUUUUUUUUGCUGCUUAUUUGGUUUGAUCCAUCCUCACAUUUAAAUUACACUGCAAAAUUCUCAAAAUUUUUCUGGUGUGUUUGUGUAAGUUCUAAUCCAAAUAUCUGUCUUAUUGACAACAAUUGUACACAAAGUUUAAGUGGUUUAAGAUAAUUCACUUGAAUAGUCCAAGAGAAACAAGAGGAUCCAUCUUUGCAGUCCGCUGAGAAUAAGUCCACAUAUUUGGGGCGCAGAAACUAAAAAUAGAUUUUCCAAGUUCAGAGAAAACAUGUGCUAUUUGAAGUAUCUGAUAGUUAGUAGAACGAGUUUGACUGAGGGCUCAGAAUAGAUACAAUAUAUGGAGGUUAUGGUCUAAUGAGGGAUCUAUAGAUAAUAUACAUGUGCUCAUCAAGCCUCUGUGCCAGAGAAGACCAACCAGCUUUGUUUAAUAGAAAACAAGGAUGAGAAUCAGGGGAAUGUCCAGCGAUAGAUCAGUGAUCGAUUCAAGAACAGAGUGACAGACUGAGUCCAGAGAUCAGAGGGUGGUGGGAGAUCAAAUAUCUCAUUGAAUAUCUGAAGGGGUGGCUGUGGCUCAGGGGUGAAAUCGGUUGUCUCCCAAUCGGAAGGCUGGAAGAGAUAAAAACCAUCUCCACCCAGUUAGGAGCACCACUUUUGUCCAGGCUGGCCCAUCGAAUGCUGUGCCUGCAUUAGCAUCACCCACAGACACAGACAUAAUCACAAUACCACCCACACACUGCAGGGGAAAGCUGCACAGCACAACUACAAAAACAAAAUACAAAACCCAGGGUCAUAACUCCAGCAAUCUCUAUGUAGAGACACUUUUACUGAGGCAGUUAUUUAUAGAAAUAAACAACUGGCAACAACUAAUAGUUUCUGUGUUCCCAUAUUACGAGGGGGUCUGAGAAUAAAUUCCUUAAACCUUCCUCUGUGUUUCCCAGGAGGCCUUGGAGUCAGCUAUGAGCAGCGGCCUGUGGGGUCAUGCACUUUUUCUGGCCAGCAAAAUGGACAACAGGUCUUACACCACUGUGCUUAACAGGUGAGAGAUGAUCAAGUCAUCAGACAUUAUAGCUCCAAAAAAAAUAAAAUACAAAAUCAGUACAGAACAGGAAUCCUUUCAUAGACCAAACUGUCAUAGGCAAAACAUGGUCUAACAUAACAUAUGUGUGUCACUCUUAUCUGGAGAAUAUCCCUAGCCUUUUGCACUUGAGUUUUUAUCACAUGCCAAUUAUUUCUGUGCUCCUACAACAGUGUCAUAACAGGGCAGGCACUGAGACUUUGUUGACAGGAAGUUUUACAAACCAGUUUGGGUCAGAAGGAUUUUAUUUUACAUGCUCUGUUGGCUCAACUUCACUGAAAUGUGUCUUUGUAUGUGUGGUCACAUAUCCUUUACACAGCCACAGUUUAGAUAUGCAAAAGGUGGCCCUCUAAAGAUAGAAAAAUCAGUGUUUAUACUCAGCCACUGAACUGUGAUUUUGGCAUUCAUUUCCAGAGGAACAACCAUAAAGACUGACUUUUGAAACAUACGCUUGAAAGCCUAUAAAUUGGUUGCAAUCUGCAGCCAUACCACUAGAUGGCACUUAAUCCCACCAACAGGUUCGUUACUGCAUGUGAAAUCAAGUGAGGGCACUCAAGUCAAUUAAAUUGGCUGCAGUUUGAAGUGAAGGAUAGGCUCGUAUAUGCUUGGACGUAUGUCUUGUGUGGCAUUUGGUGCAGAACAUAAUUAAACAUCUCUUUCCUGUGGUUUCCUGGCAGCGCCGUGUCACAAAUUAUUGCCCUUAAUCAGGAUUUUAUAGUCAUUAAAACUUGGAGCAGUUAGACAUGAGAAGUAUUUACUCAUUAACAUGUAAAAAGUCAUCAGUCUUUGCAUGAGCCAGCAGACAAGUGUACAUUUUCUCAGUUGUAUUCUUAGCAUGUGCUUGUUUGUUGUUUGAAAGUGGAGACUCAUAUUAAUAAAGCAGUUCUUAAUUAUUUCUGUGUAACGACAACAGCCCUUUACAUCUGUCCUUGUUUUUCAAAAUUUGUCUUGGCUUUUGAGUUAUUAAUAACUCACAAAGUGAAGUGCUAGCACAUAAGAGACUGUUAACACUCUGCUGUAAAUAAUCUAGCUGAACAUACAGUGAGCCCAAUUAAAACUCUGCAUCAUUCACAGUCGUAUUUUUUCUGCUAAGGGAGGGCUCAGUCUUUGUUAAAGAGAAAUAUUAGAAGGAUAUUACUAAACUGAAGUUUCUGGAAACUAUUUAUCACGUAAUCCAAUCCCUUUUUCAAGGCUAUUUUGGCAUCAGCAGUAAAUUCCACUGUAGCAUAUGUCCCUGAAAGAAUGUAUGAGGGAGGGGUGAUAGUUUGACAAGCUCAUUUUGAUUUGUGAUUGACAAGAGAGGCAGAAUUUGAGCCAUCAGCUGGUGCAUCACUUCUAUAAAAUGCAGCUGCAGCAGUAAGGCCUUAUGAAUGGGCUGCUGUCUGUUUAAAUGCAGUAUUUCAUCAAAUGUGCAUGUUCUAAAGCCUUAAAGAUGAUGUGCAAUGACACAAAUUUUCCUUUUUGCAGGUUUACUGGACAACUAACAGCAAGUGAUCCCCUCCAGACUAUGUUCCAGCUGCUGUCUGGGAGAACUCCGGCUGUAGCCAUGGUGAAACACCAAAAACAUUAACUUGUCAUGCACCCUAAUCCUCACUAUUACAGUUAAAGUACUCUGAAAUGUCAGUCUGCUUGAUAUGAUUGUGAUGAUGUGUCUUCAGUGCUAUGCAGAUGAAAAAUGGGGAGACUGGAAGCCACAUCUGGCUGUAAUGCUUUCCAAUGAGACAGGAGACCCCGCUGUCCAACAGAGAGCCAUCAUGAUGAUGGGAGACACUCUCGGUAAUGAUGCAAGGACUGACAGAUGCCUUAUAAUGUCACUAUUUCACCGAAAGAUGAGAUGAAUGUUAUGUUUUGCUCCUCCUUGUGCAGCUUCCAAAGGCCUGAUGCAUGCUGCCCACAUGUGCUACCUGACAGCAGGUGUUCCCUUUGGGGUGUUCCCACACAAGGCAGAGAGACUAGUUCUUCUAGGCAGCAGCCACAGGUGAGUUUUCUCUUGACGUUAUUCAUCAGUUUAACGUUUCUCCAUAAUUUUGUAAGGGAAUCAUUCACCUUGGGAGAAAAUGUUGAGAAUGACAACACAAAGCAAAAAGGAUAUAAUUUAGUCUAUAUAAACCAUUUAUCUUCUAAUUGGAGGUCCUUUUCUGGUCCAGGUAGAGCCUUCAAUGAAGAUUGCUCCUUUAACCAGUCAAGAAAUUUCUACUGAAAAAAACAAGAUAAUAACUAGCAGCAUCUGUGAAAGUUUACACCGAGAUUUAAGGAUUUCUAUGGACAUUUGUCUGAUGCCGCAGUUUCACCGAAGAAUCUGUUUGGGAAAAAAACCUGUCCAAACUCUAUAAUGGUUAAAAAAGACCUUAAAGACGGUGGCGUCCACUCUUCAAAUUUCAAAAUAUACCCAAUCAUUUGAGUUGUCCCACUGUUUUCUUGGUCAAAUGUCCUUAAAGGUAUUUGUGUGUAUUUGCUCAGUGAAAUGAAUGCCAUUUUUCACUUUUAUUUGACCUUGUUACUUUUUUAGCUUUUUUAGGGAGGUAGGCCUACUUUAAAUCAGUCAUAACUUUAUUGCUCGAUCUGAUCCUGAUGUUCGGAAAAGGAAAUAGGGUAACCCAAAUCAGAGUCACGACUACCAUUAGCUAAGCUCUCUUAUCAGACCAGCACCUUGAAAUUCUCAAUGUGUUCUUUCUUUCUCUGCCAUCUUAUUAUUGUUUGACUUUGGUGUUCAGCCAAUCAGGUCCCAGCUCUUGGCUUUUCCUGCAAAGAUCUCCUCUUAAAUAGCUCGAUUAUUUGUGACUAAGCUGAAUUGUCAUUUUUGUAUUUGAAUGUCUGAAUCUCCCCUCUUUUAGGCUGCCCUUUCAACACUUUGCAAUGAACUCAGCCAUCCAGUGCACAGAGCUGUAUGAGUACUGCCAGACACUAGGGGGCAAAAGCUUUUUUAUACCAACCUUUCAGGUAUCUCCCUUUUACCUCAAGUUUCAACUCUUGAUUUCAACAGUAGUGCCAUUCUGAAGUCAUAGCCUAGCAAACAGGAUAAAAACAGUCACAUCAUGAGUGUGUUUGCUCUGUGCUCAGGUGUAUAAGUUCCUGUAUGCCUGUCGACUGCUGGACUGUGGGCUGUCAUCUCAGGCCUUUCAUUACUGUGAGGUGGUGGGUCAGUCAAUCCUUAGACAGAAGGAGCCUUUCUUUGUGCUGACUGGAGAGGUUAUUAAGGUAUUCACACAUAAUCCAGUACUUACCAUGUACAAAUAAUGUUUAACCCAAAACACUGGGUAUCAGUUUUGCACAAAUAUACUCUCCUUUUUUGUGCAGCUGUCAGACAGGCUGAGACACUCUGAAGGUCAGUUUGGUGAAGCUGGAGUCAGUGGAGAAGAACAAGAACCCAACUGGCUGAAAUAUCUUCGUGCUAGGCUUCACAGCUUACAGGUAUGUUUAUAAAACAAGCCAAUCAAGGACUUUUAUUUUUAAAUAUUUGAGAAAUACUUGGGUAAAAGAUGAUUAUUCACCUUUUUGGUUACAUCCUCAGCAAAGUUAGCAUUUGUAAACCUGGCUUUUUUGGUGCUUGGAUUGAGUUGUCUGGUAUGUAGGAAGUAGGGGUUGUCAGCAUAGACAUGUUAAUCUCAAUGCAAUUUAGGCCUGCAAUUAAUGCGGUCCUUUUUUUUAAUUGCAUGCUAUUUUGUUCCUUUUGACACACCAAAGAUUAGCAGCUGCAGGUCCCUCUGCCUCCUGCUGCUGCCAUAAUGGAAAUUAAUGACACCCCUGCCACAUUUUGAAUGACACAUUUCACUUGAGAAAACUUCCAGAUGGCUCAGUUGACAAGUCAGAAAUAAUAUGUACUUUGUGUCAAGCAGUGUUAAAAUAUUACAGAAAUAUUUCAAGUUUGAGUUACCUCUCAGGAGCAUCUACAGGUGCAACUAAUCAGAAACAUGUCCCCAAACAACUGUAUCACAGAAGACUCAGAGCGCUAUUUACUGGAGUGGGUAAAUAGCUUCAGACCUGUGGAUGAAAGAAACUGAAUGUGGUAGUUUCAGACCAGACUGGUGUAGCAGUGCAGCUUAUAUUUGAACGAUCAGUCUUAAAGACAAGAUCAUAAAGUACAUUUCAUUGCAUUCAAUCAACUCCCAAGUCAAGUCACUGGUAAGAUUUUUGUAAACUUUUGUAUCAUGGACUUAAACUACUGUUUUAAAUACAAAAUGAUAAUGGUGAUUAGAAAAACAAAAUUUAUUGAUAUUGCCCAGCUCAUUGAAGAAGGUAUUACAAAGUGGUUUUCACAGAUAAUACAUCGAGUCACAGGUAAGUGCAAUUAUGUAAAACACAGAUUUCCAGGAGCUAAGCUCCAUACAAUACAGUGCAUUUAAGAUAAUUAGCCAAAUACCUAUUCAUAUAGAUAUGUUUUAACAGCUUUUUAAAAACACCAGUUGAUUCUGUGGAGUGCAAGGAUAAGGACAGAUCAUGCCACAAUUUUCUAAAUAAAUGCAGGUAAAUAUGGUGCAGGUAUUAUGAAUAUCGAGAAAGGAAAACAGUUUUCUUGGCAAAGUAUUAGGGGAGACCGGGGCUUGUUGUCACAUGGGUAAGUUGUCACAUUGCAAUUAUCUUUGCCACCAGAGGGCGCAACUAAAAAGAGGAAUACCAGUUUUUUUCCUUUAUAUGGUCAGGGGUCUUGUCCUGUCUGAGAAGAGAAGAGCACAUUGUGAGCUGAGAUGAGCACCAAUUAAACAUUUCGCACAACCCAAAGAAAAAAAAUAACUUUAUAUAUUUUAAAAUAAGCUUCUUCCAGAUAAAAAUCCUUGCUGUGAUACAUGUGGACUUGUUGGAGGAGAGAUUAAGGCAUCCUGUCAUACCUCAGUCAUUGUUCUAUUUUAAACCAACUUUAAGCUAGAGCUAGAAUUAGCAAACAUGGUAGUUUGGGGCAACAUGUUUCAGUCAUUUUGGGUUAGUUGUUACAUGUUUAAAAGGGAUUCAAAUUGACAUAGAGAGUCUGCUUUUCAGCAGUUUUCAUAUUGAAUUUUUGACUUUAUUUUUACAGAGAAGAGAGUGGUUUAAAGGAGAGGAGAAUGUGAAAAGACAUGGUCAGGAAUUCCAAAAGAAAAACAGAACGUAGCAGUGCAGUACCUAACGUGAUGCUGAGGGCAGUCAGACAGAUGACCUGAGCUAAUAAAUCAAUCUGGAGUACAAUAAAGGACUUUAAUGUCAACUACUAUACCUUGGCUCGGUACUGCAAAACAUUCACCCCAGCCGAAAUACAAAGUCAGACAGCUCUCCAAACUCCAGAGCACCAGAGCAUGUUACAUAUUUUAUGUUAAUAUUUGUUCAAUGGCUAUGUUCAAUGACUUUUUCUUGCUCAAUGAAAAACAUUUUCUGUGCCUGAAUUUGAUGUUCACUCACACUUAAAAAAAAAAAUUGAGAACAACAAUUAUUUUGUCCUUGUUUUAUUAGCUGCAAAAUCUACUGUGACAUCUUACCUCAUGUAGUGAGACAACUUAUCCGAUGGUGGGGCAACAUCUCACAUGUUCACACCCCCUAUUUGAUUGCUGAUAACUCUGCACUGACUCAAGAUAUAAAAAUGACAUGAAUACAAAAUUUAUACCUGAGACUUUGGUCUGGUUUAUAUAUGAUGUAUUGAUUCCAAGAAAUAUACAAGAGGGUAAAAAGCGUGACCCGGUCUCCCCUACAUGACAGGGGGUGAGGAAAAUGUCUUAAUACCUGUGUACUAGCUUAUUCACUAUUCCUGCUCCUGUGUGCUUCAUUUCUGUUAGGUUUCCUGCUAAUUUCGUCAUUUUACUUUAAAUGCUGCGUUAAUGUGAAAAUAGUAGCCACAGCAAAGGUGACAGUUUCAUUUGGUUUUCUGUCGUAACAUUUAUGCAGCUUGACUGGGUUUCUCAGUGUAGUAAAAGCCUUGUUAAGAAUCCAUAAUUGGUACUGCUGCUAGAGGUGGUCAAUAUAUAUAUAUAUAUAUAUAUAUAUAUAUAUAUAUAUAUAUAUAUAUAUAUAUGUGUAUAUUCAUCUGUAUACACACUUAGCUAGACAAUCGUCCAAUGUUGGUAGAACGAGUCUUCCAGCUAUAGGUGACUUUCACUGUCCCCCUCUUCUUCUGGGAUUUUGUGUCCAGCUCUCUGUACUUUGAUCAUUAUUGUGGUGAAAACAAUAUCAUUGAUGGUGAUUUCUUAAUUCCCUUCAAUGAUGUUUUUACUUCUUUUACCCCUUCUACAUGGUAAAGAGCUCUUACUUAUUUGUUAGUUUUUAUAUUAUCUUCUUGCCUUAGUCCAUCAAGUUUUAUUCUUUCUUUUUACCAUUUUUAUCUUUUUUAUCUCCAGUGUUUCCCAAAGGUAGCUUUCCUCACACAAAUGUCUCGGUGUCAAGCCAUGUCACUUUAGCAAUAUCUCUUAAACGCUUGCUCUGUGCGUGCUCGUGUGCGUAUGUGUGGGUGGGAGGGUUGGGUUUUAUUGUUGUUUUUAGCCUCUGUGAGGCACUUUAAAUUGCGUUCUUGUACGAAAAGUGCCAUAUACAUAAAGUUGAAUUUGAAUGAUAAAAGGUUGUAGGUUGAUGAUCGGUUGCUUUAUUGUUGAUGUUUCUUAUCUAAUAAUAAAAAAAAAAAUUCUUUCUACACUUUGUAUAUUGCCUUUAACACUUGUGGCAGUACCUGUGUCCAAAUGGACUUGAAGCACUUUGUUGCUCUUACUGGUCUUGUUCAUUUCUCGUGUUUUUCUUGUUCUUGGAUGUACUUCACUUUGGAUAAAAGUGUCUGCUAAAUGAUAUUGUAACAUCUCUGACUAAAUAUUUACAAAACUUUUGACAUUCGCAUCAAUGUCUACUGAAUUUAAUGUUUGCAGUUAUAAGUUACUGUUAGCAUGCCCCCUGAAGAUGAAGAGCCACACCUCAUCUCAGAAAAGUGAGCGUGUUCGCAUGACGACUGUUGCUUCUUAGAGCCCCUGAAAGACCUUUCAGCAGACACCAAAUCAUUAUAACUGAGGUGUUUAUUUAUUUCUGCUUAGACAGGAACUUAUGACUGUACAGACACAUACCAGCCUGAGGGAAAGGCUGUAGCCCAUGAGGAUAGCAGAGCCUGCUCAGGUACUUUUCAUCAUCUCAUGAGUUCAAAUAUGUACACUGUGGCAAAUAAAUACUCCUGGAAGUACUUGACAGUUUUACUUUCACUUUGGUUUUAUUACAGAAUCAGACUUGCAUGACAUUCAGAGUCCAGUCCUGGAACUCCUUUAUCGCAGAGAUUCUGAGGAUCAAGUAAACCCCUGGCAUCAAGAUGAAGGGAACCCUGAGGAAAUGACAGCCUCCUCAUGGGACUCACAGGGAGCCCAGUACUGGUACAACAACAUGCUGUCUUUACUUCUGUCAAAGAGCUUCUACCUUACAUAAAACCCAGUCCUCGUGGUCCUUGUUAUGUCACCGUCCUCUCUCCCUGUUGCUCUGUCUAGGCCACCUGCCAAUCAUCCCAUGCCAGUAACAGAGGUUUAUACCCCCCAAGUGCUUGCAGUGGCUGCGGGCCAGGACUUCAGUUAUCAUAACACAGAUAGUGCUGAAGUCAAAACUGCUUUGCCACAUUGUUCUCAGAAUAAUCUGCCAUCAUCAGCAGAGGGUGGGAAUCCAGAGUGUUUCACAGCAGUCAUUUCAUCCUCUCUUUCUUUAAAUGGUGCUGAAUGUGCUAAUGCGUGAUAUUUUCAUUUCAUUGCUUUUCAGGGUCUUCAUUGGGAGAAAGCACAGUGAGUAGUUUCAUUAUUAUGAGAUGACAACAAUCAUAUUUGGGUUUUACAAAGCUGAUUUAAUCAUGUUUUAAAUGUAUAGAACAUGUUUCCAUUGUAUGUCUUUGUGCGCGCCCCUUUGAAGAUGGGGGGUCAGAUACCACAAGUCACCACCAGUCAGCUGGGGCAGAGCCAACAGAGUAUCCCACAGCAUUUAGAGACCUCUGAGGUGACCAGUGAGGCUCCAAAACAGGUGAGGGGAGCUAAACUGCACACAUCAUACUUGCUGAACUGCAUUUGAUCUGUGCCUCUUUUUCUCUGUUUCAUUCAGAGCUCAAAGGGGGGCUGGUUUAGCGGGUGGUUCAAAUCAAAGCCCAAAGAUGUCCCUAAUGAGAGCACAGAGCCUGGAGGUGCAGCUCAGACAGUAAGAGUCAAAUAAAUCAAACAAUCAGUCAUAAUUGACUUUUACAUUUGUUGAUAAUGAACACACCCUGAUGUAUUUGUAUGUUUUCUCAGAUGCUGCCACCCAGUGCUGGCUUUGCUCCCCCUCCUCCACCUGCCUCUGCCCCUCCUGGCAUGUUCCAACCCCAGUCUACCUCUGCAGGGAUUAAUCCCUUUUCGAGGAAAGCAGGUAAAUAUUUACAUUGAUUUCGUAUUUUUAUUUAUGUUGAAAUUGUUUUUAUAGUGUUGAGAUUUCAAAUCAUAAAAAUGUUGCUAAAUUCCACAUUCCUCUUUUAUGAUGGUGGAUAUCUGAGGUAACUGACCCCAAGAGGAGCCAUGUCUCCGCCAUUAACACAGUUGCUGACCAACGUGUCCAGUUUCAUAUUCUGGCUAAAGCACAGUCAUGAAAUGCAGCCAGCAGUUUCGUCCGUAAUGAAAUUUAAAGCACUUGCUUUCAGUCGUGACAUUUCCCCCAGAUUGAACGACGCAAAUAUGAUCGUUUUCUAUAAAUAUCUGUAUAUCUUCUUCACAGGCCAGCAGUUGGGGAGCAAAUCACGUGCCUGUGUCACAGGUGAAUGACGGUGAAUGAAGGUGAAUGUAAGUAUCAAAUGAUUACAUAUAGAAGAUAUAUUACUGCUUGUUCAUUUAAUAUUGAUGUUAAGUCUUGUGUGUUUAUAGGAUGACUGACACCACUAAAACCAAAGCUGGGAUAUGUUACUACCUACCUUACCACCAAUAAGAGCCCAUCUGCCCCCCCUGCUACUACAUUUCUUUUUUAGGAAUGCCCUUUCAAACGAACAGCUUGCCACCAUCAUGUUGCAGUUUAGAUAUAGAAAUACUUCGAUGUACCAGCACAGGGAACUCAAAUCGCAGUGACAUAAGUUACAGAAACUGCUGAGCAUUGCUUACCUAAGUUGACAG